AUGGACGUCGACGUGUAUUCGGAUAAAAUUGAAACAUCUGACAAUCCCGAUGAUUUGGUCGGUGAACUCGAAGAUCCAGAAGCUAUAGUGAAGAUUGGUACUAUAGCAGCAAAAGUAGCCUUCUACAAUUUCGAGUGGCGGUUCGUUACACUUGUCAUGUUUAAUACCAUGCUUAAUAUCGGCGUAGAUCCAUUUUUAAGGGGCUACAAUCAAACUGUGUAUUUAAAACUGGGCAAGUUCGUCCCAAAACAUCAUAUACAUGUUCCUCAAUUUGUUAUCUUUGGACAAGAAACCACGGAAAUAUCAGAAACUUUGCAGUGGCUAAUCCAGAACCGAUACGACAACACUGCUAUGUUCCUUAUAAUCUGCUCAUCUGCGAGUUACAAAUGUGAUGAACAUGACAUGUUUAAUACAUUUUCACGCUUGUUCAUGCCUAAUGUAAUUUAUUUGAAACCAACUGAAUAUGGGAGUGAACCUUUGGUAUUUACCUAUUUCCCGGUGCUCCCAGGAAAUUGUAGGAACAAUAAGCCGAUACUAAUAGAACUUUCCAACUGUAACAACGACGUUUGUUUCAAGAAUUUGUAUCCGGAGAAAUACAGUAACAUGCAUAAAUGUGCCUUUAUUGUAUCUACAUUGGAGCAACCUCCAUUCACGCAUCUUACAAACGGAACGAACGGCACUCUCGUUCUAUCUGGUGCCGAUGGUGACAUAAUAAAACUUGUUUCAGAAAUACUAAACGCAACAUUGGUGAUAAGAACUGCAGAAUCCAAUGAAUGGGGCUAUUACAAAGAUCAUAAUUGGACGGGAUCCUUAGGGGACGUGUUCAAUAAACGAGCUCACGUUUCAUUGUGUGCAGCACCUCUCACUCCACAGAUCAACGGGAAUUUCCAAAUAUCCUUCACGUAUGCGAGUAUCGAUAUAGUAUGGGCAACAAGAUUACCUGCCCUUAGUCCAUCGUAUGAGAAACUGUUUUAUCCUUUAAAAGUUGAAUCCAGAAUAGCUCUGUUUUGUAUAUUUGUUGUCAUAAUAUUAAUGAACUUUUUCAUGAAUACUAAAUUAUGGGAGGAUAUUAGACACAUUCUAAGUAUUGGAUCUACUCAUUUUAGUUUAUUUUUUUAUUCGUGGGCAGUGUUUUUGGGAAUGCCUCUGGUUAGACUACCCUCGAAAGUAACGUUAAGGGUCAUAAUUCUCAGCUGGAUAUGGUUUUGCUAUAUUAUAAGAACAGCGUACCAAGCUGCGCUUGUAAGCUCUAUGAAGGUUCUAUUGUAUGAGGAUUACCUGCAAAAUUUCGAUGAGGUAUUAAAAAAGAAUUAUCAUUUCGGUGGAUUGCAGUCAUUACGCGAUUAUUAUUCGGAAGAUGAAACCGUAUUUGAAAAAUGGGAUAUUGUACAAUUUGGCGAAUCCCAGCUCAUUCUAGAUGAACUAUUAAAUGGAGCUUCUGAUUUUGUUAUAGCAGUGAACAAAGAGUUCAUGGUACACAGCAUGAUGCGGUACAAUGGCACAAAACGACUGCAAAUAUUGCCUGAAAAAAUUGUCAACAGUCCAGCUGUUUUGUAUUUCAAGAAAUUCGCCCCUCUGCGAGCUCCAGUAAGUCAUAUUUUAAGUAAAAUUGUGGAAGGGGGCAUCAUAGAAAUGAUUUACUCUCAUUACUUGGAUCGAGGAGAUUAUUUAUUUCACCACGAAGAAGUCCAAGGGAACUUACUCGUGAUCCUGGUGGUGACGCUGUCCCGGCGCCUGCGGUCCAUCACCAACUUCUUCCUGGCGAACUUGGCGGUGGCAGACCUUUGCGUGGGCGUCUUUUGCGUCUUCCAGAAUCUUACCAUCUAUCUCAUUCCGAGGUGA